GGAACGUCUUGUCGUUUGCUCGCUUCGCGCACAGCGAUUACGCCACCAGACGUCAGUCCGUCUGGAAGAGAAGUGCUUUGCGAAGACGCCGGUCCCGUUCUGGCCUCUGACCCCAGCGCCAACUCCCCCUCUCCCUCCACCCCUAGUGCCAUCGGCAUACCCGACUCUAUGGAACAGGCUACGGAAUUGUUGGAUUAUAUCGAAAAGAUAGAGGAAUCUAGGUCAAGGAACGCCACCCUUAGCAGGACUAGAAAAAUUCUGCCGAAAUCGAACUACAAAUUACGAAGGAGAUGUACGAAAGAUUCAUGUCCCAGACACGGACCGCCAUUAUCGCGGCGAAUACGCUGAACAACUUGUUUGUGUAUUCGAAAAGGGAAGCCACGAGCGACGAAUCGAGAUUGUAUGACCAUGAGGUGUAUUACAUAGCAUUGGCCCGUGGGGUGGUGGAAAGUAGCCCACAAGUCUUAGGUUGCGGCAUCGCUUUUGAAAGAAACCAGUUCAAAGACCGCGAGUUUUUUAGCCCUUACGUGUACCGGCGUGCGGGAGGCAUUCAUGUCACCGACUUGUCGACUUCUUUGAUAUAUGCAAAAGACUCUGCGGGUAUUGACUGGUUUCUCAGUCACAGGAGGAAAGAUUUCUCUUACGUGCUGGACAGCCAGCCUGUUUAUUAUGAGCUUGACAGCAAAGCUAAAGACAAUCUGUCCCGACGUUGGAACGUCAGCGUGACGGUACAUGGCAAGGAGGGUUACUGGACCCAACCAUAUUACGACUGUAGGGGCACAAAAAACUCUAGCAUUUGUCACUGGCUUAUCACCUACUCAGUACCCUUCUUCGACUGGGAAGGAAAUAAAAUCACUUUCAAAGGGGUUGUAUUUGUGGACAUUAACCUAGAUAAUAUGGACAUAAAUCAGUGUGCCAAUGACAAGAGCAUGUUCUCCAAUACACACCACUGCAGACUUGAAACAACCAGAUGUGUCUUCAGUGCUGGUGGCGGGUUCCGAAGAGGUUCUUACAAAUGUCAGUGCAGCAAGGGAUUUUACCUGCCUGAGAACUCAACUCAGACAUACUUUAACGGGUCACUUAUCGAGGAGGAGUUUGUUAAAAAAAUGCGAAAUCAGUCGAACUUGUACGACAAUGCCUUCAACUGUCUUCCUUGUCAUCAGGGCUGUGACGAGUGUACUGGACUGGAGCCCUGCUAUGUCGAGUUUAAUAUACUCAUUCGUGGAAUUCCGCUGGGCAUUCAGAGUUUUUGUAUCACGAUUACUAUUGUCCUGGCCUUCGUCAUCAUUCGGCUACGGAAAACAAAAGUGAUGGUUACCAGUAUGUGGAUCAUGUUGGAAAUACUCCUGGUCGGCGCCCUUCUGCUGUACUCAACUGUUGUCAUCCAGUAUUUUGAACCCACUUCUAUGACAUGUUUGCUAAUUCCAUGGUUCCGAGAAAUGGGGUUCGCUGUUCUGUAUGGGGCGUUAAUUCUAAAGCUUUAUCGCCUGUUGUCGGAGUUUCAGUCCCGUAAAGCUCACCGUGUUCACGUCCGAGAUAAGGAUUUACUGAAAUAUCUACUGUGUAUAAUCUUAGUUGUGGCCGGGUUCAUGACUGCCUGGACAACCUUGAACCUUGACCUUGUGCCUGUAGAGGAAGGCGGGACACUUCUGCAAGUGGGCAUGACCCCUGAAGGGCUGAAAUAUUCAAUUUGCAAACCAUUAUGGUGGGAUUACGUUAUAGAAGUCAUUGAAUUCCUUUUCCUAUGUUUUGGUAUCUAUCUAUGUUAUUGUACACGAUCCGCCCCCUCGGACUACGGUGAGGGUAAAUAUGUAUCCGCAGCCAUAUACAACGAGACUGUUAGCUCCACUGUCUUGCAUAUAGUCAGGCAUAUUUUGUGGGACUCGCUACAUCCUGACUAUGUGUUCCUGAUGUAUUUUCUUCGCUGUCAGUUGACUGUAACGAUAGCACUUAUCCUGGUAUUGGGUCCUAAGCUUUGGUUUGCUCAUCGUCCUCCGGAGGACGACCAUUUCAGGAAUAGAGCAUACUCAACAUCAGAUGUCCAUGACAACGUCUCCCCAGAGGCUAUUAAAUUCAACGUGGCCAUUUCCUCCAACGGAGAUGUUGAUGUAGGGGAGAUAAAUCUUGCCGAAAUGGACCCUGAAGAUAUUAGGUCCGAGCUCAAGAGACUGUAUACCCAGUUACAGAUAUACAGAACAAAAACGAUGUGUCGUGACAACCCCCAUAUAUCCAAGAGACGGGGUGGACGCAAACAGACACAUAGGCGAUUUUCAAUACAGCCAUUCCAUAAGCGUCACCAUCAUGAACGCGAUCACGAUCAUGAGUUGUCGAAAACACCAGAGGAAUCCACGAACAGUGCCGAAGUCACAAUUCCCAUGGAAGCGACAAGCCGAGGGGACGAUCACAGUCAUGAAGGGCGCGAAGGUCGUUCAUUGCCUACAGUGACCUUCAAAACGGGUCACAAAUAGAUGUAAAAAGAAUAUUGUCCUCAGUUUUUUUUCUUCUGGUCUUUGCAUCGCCAUUUUGUGGCGGGAGUUAUCAGAAUUCUGCACCGAGAACAAAAAUCUACGUUGGUCUUUGAUUUCCAGAAGAAGAAAGUUCUCUUCGGUGCCGUUCUUGUCGCUCAAGUGUUCACGGUCACAACCGAGGUGUCCACUGGCAGUAUCUUGUGCAAGACCACACAGAUUUUUCCAGGAUCGAGCCUUGAAAUGUUUUAUGCGGUUAUCUUCCAGGUUGUUUGCCUGUUGAUCCAUCAGAUUGCCGGGAUUAGUUACCAUGGGAACAUAGGCGAAAAAAAGGAUUGAGUUACAUGGAGGCAAAUCUUUGUAUUUUGGUCCAUGCCAAUGGAUGGAAACAUGUCCUGCAUUACCUCCUCUGGAAAAGCGCCCUCUAUCACCCACAGUUCUCACUAGUUCUCAAACAAACAGCUUGCUCUCUUUAAUAGGGUUGAAACUAUACUGUAUAAGCCAGUUCACUCCAGAGGCAUCUUUUCUUAUGAGAAUCACUUAGAACAGAUAGAAACCAAGCAAAUCAGCACAAAAACACAGAAUAACAGCACUGUUCUGUUAAUGUCUUAAAUGACUCAUCAUGGCUAACUGUAUAAAUAUACACAUCUAACAAGAUAAGAAUAACACCACUUGUUUUCAAAAGAACGGAGG